CACCAUCAACAUCAUCACCACUACCACCACCACCCCGUGCACGGCCCCGCGGCUACGGCCUCUUUUUUGAACGCGUCGGGCGAUGGACGUGGUCGUGGAAAGCGUCAGGCCCCCCGAGAGCCCCGUCCGGCCCCCUGAAUUGGCGAGGACCCCGGGCACCGCCACCAGGCAGAGGAAAGUGAUACGCAUCGCGCGCUCCGAGGACUCGGCCAACGUCAACCGCCCCGCGACGGGGUCCACGGGCGUCGUCAGGGUCUACCGCAAGCAGGCUCACACGCACUCCGUGCGAGACCUGCCCGACUUGUCCUCGGAGGACGAGGGCAAGAUCCGCACCCCGAUGUCCGCAUCAAGGUCGCCGUCCUUGUCACCCACCCGGAAGGCACCCUCUCGCCUGUUGCGCCGAGGCUGGUUCCCCGACCUGUCGCGAGAGGGCAUCGAGGCGGCCGUACCCCUGGUGGCCGUGACGUUCGCUUUCGGCGCGUUCAUGACCGCGGUCGCCAUAUUGUGCAAGCCGCGACCGCCCAUCGUGGGCUGACGACCGGCACGUAGAGGGCGCCUCACUCAGUCGCCGCGCUCGAUCCACUUCGAAGCGUCGGGGCGGGUUUGUCACGUGGGGAGGGUUGAGGCGUUCAGUCGACGACUGUCAAGGAGGCGCGCCGAACUAGCGAACGGGUGUCGAAGAGAACCGAGACAAGCGGAGAGCCAGUGGGUUCGACUCAGAUCGAGGCGACACGACGUGUCACCGCUCUCGUAUUAAUAAAAACCUCGAUUCCUUGCAACAAA